CGUCGCCGUCGUCGCCGCCGCCCACCUCUGGCACGGCCACGGCCGCAGCCACGGCCGCGCCCGCCACGUCCACUGCCACCGUAACCACCGCUCCUGCCACUGCCGUCGCUGGUGGUCCAGAAGUGAGUGAUGUGCCCCCACCGGCCCCUCCGCCCCCUGGCGGCAGCGUGUCAGUCGCCACCUCCACGUCGUCGGUGCCGCCCACGGCCGGCAUGCCCACGGGCCCCGGCGACCGCCCUGCACCACUCACACUGUCUGAACUGCCCGAGCCGCCCAUCCCGGUGUCCGAGAUCGGGCCCAUCCCGCCGCCGCCCAUGUUCAGCUCGUCUCCGCAGCCACCGCCCACCUCUGUCGGCAUGCCUGUGCCCACAUUCUUGUUUGACGAUCAAGAUGAGGGCUCGUGCUGCGAUGAAGGUGAGGAUGAAGAUGAUGAAGGUGAUGAAGACGAUGCACACUACCUGUUCCGUGUUCCACAGCCUGAUCCAAGUAUAGACACGACACGUGUUGAGGAGAUACCGGCAAAAGAACCAAAGUUCCAUGCUGUGCCGCUUAAGUCUGCAUUGAAAAAGAAAGGUAGUGGAGGCAGUAAUACAGGAGGGAGCGGUCCAGGUACUCCACAGAACACACCAACACAAGAAAGCAGGCCUCUCACUCUGCGCCAGGACCAUACGUCCUUCAAAAGGCCAUCUUCUAGACCUCGAACAAGGAUAAGUGCUCGUCCUGUGAGAUUCGGAAUCCCUCUGCCAUGUACAAUGGAAAAUAAGGAGAACACAAGGCCAUAUGUGAUAAGAGAGGAUGGUGAUGGACCAGUCCUUUAUCGAGAAGAUGCUGACAGUGAUGAGGAAAGUCGCCUUGCUGCUAAGAUUGCACGGAAAGAUAGUUUGGCUCUGAAACUUGCUUUGCGGCCCAACAGGCAAGAACUGAUUGCUCGCAACAUAAUUCACGAAGAAAGUGAAAAUGAACGAAUGGAGACAAAGGAAGCAAUUGGUGCACGGCUGAUAAGGCGGCUGAGCAUGCGACCAACACAAGAAGAAUUGGAAGAAAGGAAUAUAUUAAAAAAACAAAGUGCAGCUGAGGAAAAGAAGAUGAAAGAAGAAAAGAAGAGGAUGCUUCUGCGAAAGCUUAGUUUCAGGCCGACAGUUGAAGAGCUCAAGGAGAAAAAGAUCAUUCGAUUUAAUGAUUACAUUGAAGUAACACAGGCACACGAAUAUGACAGGAGGGCAGAUAAACCAUGGACUCGCCUCACACCUAAGGAUAAGGCUGCCAUCCGUAAGGAACUCAAUGAGUUCAAAAGUUCUGAAAUGGAAGUGCACGAAGAAAGCCGUCACCUCACAAGGUUCCAUAGGCCAUGACGACAGCAACGUAUAGGCAAGGAAAUCCACUGGGCCAGUGUCAUUCAGGGGCCGCUCAUGAAGAGUGUACUUGUGAUAGUGAUGCUGCAAUAUAGUGUUACGUCCAAGCUGACUGACUUUUACACUCUCAUCCUGGCCAGAAGUGAUCCUUUUUUCAUAUGAAAAUGAAUCACAUCUGUUACAUAUUGAUUAAUUUCAUAUUAUUAGAGCAAAUUUGUGUGUAAGAAACAAAUUUUAAUAUCUCGUCUGUAAAUAAUGUAAAAUUACCUUUGCAGCCAUUUCUCGCAGGGAUGGCUUCUGGACUCAGUAGUGCAUUUUUUGGCACAACUCUUUAAGGGAAAGAAAGUAAUGGUUACCCACCAAAUCUUUGUAGAUCAGUAAAUUUCAGAAGUGGAGAUGAGUCUGCAGUUUUGUUUUGCCUGGUUGUGUAGCUGUGGGUGUUCAUGGCUGCAGUUAUGCUGAAUGUAGUUCAUGAGAUAAUUGCCUUAGAAAAUUGAUUGUUUCUAUUAAGCCUGUCUAAAAUGGCAACUGUAUUUAUUACUGUUUUUGUAGAUAACAAUGAUCAAGUCUUAACCCUGUGGUUUCUCAGAGUAUUAGAGAAAUCAUUAUGAAAGUUUUAUGUCACUACCAACUUUCUCGGGACAUGAACAAAUUAUUUUUAAUUAUUCCAGUUUUCUUUAUAUAUUGAGUUAUUAAAUGAUAUGUGAAUGCACUUAGUCUUGUUAUUAAAUAAAACUAUAUAUUUCCUGAUGAACAUUGUGCAUGUAGGAUAUUCCCAGAAAAAAAUAUCAGUGUCUGGCUGGUUGCACCAUUGCCCUGUAAUUAAAAAUAAAAUUCAAUCUAUGUUUUUAAACAAUUUGUGAGAGAGGUGUAUUUGAGUGUAUUGUUGCAAUAUUACUGCUAGAAACUGAAGUUUUAACACUUGAUUUAUCUUUCAAGUGAUUUUUUGAUAAAGUUCUUCUGUAGUGUACAUCAAUAUUCAUUAUGAAGUCAGUAAAUCCUCCUAAUAGUUAUUCUUUUAUUUUGUGAUUUAUUACUCGACAUAUUACCCUAAACAUAAGAAAAUCUGCAUUAAGUAGUUUUUCAGAAUCAGAACUGCUGAAAAAUUAUGAAAAUUUAUAAUGAUCUCACUCAACGUAUGUUACCAGUAGUUAACUAUUAUCCCUUUGAAUAUGGCUACUAUAACCAUGAUAUGAUUUUUCAUUCUUACCAGUGACAUUGCAACUGUACAUCCUGACAGCUUUUGUUUUAUUAGCAGUUAACAAUUACAAAUAAUAAAAACAGAAGUUAAUAUUAAACAACCAAAAAUGGAAAAAGGGGGAAAUUACUCACUUGGUUUGAAAACAGAAUAAUGAUGGUAACCAAUGUUGUACCAGCAACAAAAAGAACUACCUUUUCAGAUAUAAAAUAUGGGUGGUGUAGAUGAAGUAAACAGAACACGUUAGCAAGAAACUAUUGAGUCUGAGGAGUGUUUAAGUCUAUACAGCUGAGAAAGUUGGAGGUUUUACAAGUGUCAUAUACUAGAGCACUGCUUGCUAGUAAUAAUUACAAGAAUGUCAAUGUGAAUGUGAAUUUCAGCGAUCCCUUAGUGAAACAAUUAAGAACUUCAUUGUAUGUAAAGUAGAUUAACAGAAUCAAAGUAAUAAUUUCAUGAAUGAAAUGAAAGACAAAUAACAACAGACAAAUUUAAGGGAAGGAGAAUUGGGAGAAAGAAGGGAAGAUAAGGGAGAAAAUUGACAAGUAGCUGAAAAACCAAAUGGCAAAUAUAUGAAAAGAGUUAAACAAUAAUACAAACAAAGAAGGCCAGUGAUAAUGUGAGUUUGCUUAGUUAGUUUCAAUGAUAAAACAGCUAUCAUAUGUUUAGUUCCAUUGCUAGGAAGGGGAAUGUUGACAAAUUAGAUGCAUUACAGACACUGAGAUGCCACCUUUUAAUUUGGAAAAUGAUUUCUACAUAACUUUUACUUUAUGUGCAUACCAGUGGAUAAAGGGGGGAAAAAGAUCCCUGGAACAGAGAGGUUAAAUAAUGCAGGCUAAUAUUUUACAUUACAUAUUUGUUUGAUAUAUAUAAUUUUUUCAUUGUCUUACUUAUAACAAAACCCAAUAUUAACUAAGAAUGGUUUGAUGAGCUUUUAUGCAUCUUCAUUAUUGUCCUUAAUUGAUUACACUUUCCUCCUUUUUUCCAAUGGAUCAGAUAGGUUGACCUUGUGCGUUCCUGAUGCCACCUCAUCAUCCAUUGUUAAAGAAGAGCUCAGAUCUGUAGUGGUUUUGUUACAUUUUCCAAUUUUUUUUGACGGGUUGAUAUUCACUUCUACCCAACUGCAUCAAAAGAAAGUUGUGAAGAGUCUUCAAAAAGCUUCAUAUAAUGUCUUUAUUCAGUAAGAUCAAACUGAUUGUUAUUGAUAAUGCAAUUUAAAUAUUACCAGUCUGUGCACAUUAUGUUCAAUGAACAUAAUGUUUCCCAAUUUAUUACUCAUGAUAUUUAUGCAUACCGUAAACAAUAGCAUAGUGAUGAAUGUCUUGAGACUGUUGCUCAUUUUUUGUGUAAUGUUAUUCAUACACAUAUGAACAUUAGUGCUUUAUUGUCCUUAUUUGGGAAAUUUCUGAUGUGACCUGUUUUUGGAUAUCUUUUCCUAGUUGAAACUGAAUAGUAUUUGUCAAGAGAUAUAUUCACCCAGAUGUGUGUUUGGGAAGGCAUUCUCUGUGAUAAAAUUUUCUUAAUGUUCGUUACUGACAAAUCAUUCUUCACUACACACAUAUGAAAUUGAUGUGCAGUGUAAUACAUGCAGCAGAUGUUUUUGAAAAACAGAAGAAAGAGAGAGAGAGAGAGAGAGAGAGAGAGAGAGAGUGUAAGAGAGAGAGAGAGAGAGUUUUACUUGGUGAGUAAAAUUGCAUAGUGUGAACCAGUUAUCCAACAGGCAUGUAUGUCAAUUACACCUUUAUGUGGUAUAUGGAAAGAAGCUGCAUGAACCAGUUUUUCUGCAAAAACUGUUUAAAAAUGAGGCAUUUCAAAUGAUUUUUUUUUGCAUUAGCUGUAUCAUGUUUUGACCCAAAGUGAUCUAUAGAUGAUGUAGCAGAAAUCUUUUUUAAGUAUUUUAUGUGAGAUUAGAUUUUCAGGAUAUUCCGUGAAAUAUAUUUUGCUAGGAAUUUAUCUUUGAACCUAAUUUAUGUUUGAUAUUUUUGUACUGAUCUUCAGUGAAAGUGCAGCUUACCCCUUACUUUAUCACAGGAGAAGUUGUUUCUUUAUUGUAUAUAUCUGACAUUUUAUAACUGUGUGAAGCUCAGAAGUUGAUCGAUUUAUUGCAGUAUCUUUGUUGUUACUUCAUUUUUAUCAUUAUUUGCUAGAAACUUCUAAAAAAACAAGAAUCAAGGAUUUAAAAAAAAGUUUCAUUGACAGUCCUCCCCUUCCAGGUAUGGAAUUAUUCAAUCUUCCAUUAAAUACUUUUGCAUUUAGGUAGGAAAUUUAUAUUUGCUUGUGUUUGAUUAUACACAAAAAUUUUCAUUGUUUGAUUGAGAGCUGGCCACUCUUUGUUUCUGUCUAUCUUUUACUAUAGUAGAACAUUCCGUUUGUGGAGGGUCAGAUAACAAAAAAAUUGGUUUUUUUUAUUUGCAUCACUCAUCCUUCAUUAAUUAACUUUUGUUAUGUUAGGGUACAAGAGCUGUUAAUCCCACUGCAUACCAGUCCUCCUUACUAUCCCAUCUCAAACAGCGAAUUGUGCAGUAUCCCACAAUAGGUACAGUAGUUAUAUUUCUACCAAGUAUCAGAAUAACGAGACUUUUAAUUACAUGUUAUACACUGCAAAAAUUAUUUAAUGCCUUUUUAUUUCAUGCAUUUUAUUAUUGCAUCAAUGAAUGUAAAUCUCUUUUAUGGUGAAAUUUCUGUAUUUCACACAUCACAUUAAUUUUUAAGAACUUAUUACAUAUGUGUCACAUCAUGUCUACAGAGACAGUUUCUGCAAUGUAUUUGUUGUGAAAUGUCAAAGGGUAAGGAAGUCUACAAACAAGAAUUGAAACUAAUAUAGUGAGAGCUAAACUUUGAAGAAAUGUGAUGUAAUAACUGACUGUCUUGGAAUUAAUCACUACACUUCACUCAUGAAGGUUGUGUAUGAAUACACUCUCUCAGUUUCCCACAAAUAUAUUUUGUUAGCUGAAUGAUUUGAAUAUAAAAAUAUUUCUGUAAGUAGAAAUUAUACAUAAAAUAUACAAAAACUAUCACAUGUAGCAAAUGACAAAGCUUAUCUUAGUUGUAAGGCUAUCACUUUUUUGUAUCAAUAUUUACAAUUUUGACAACUCUUAAAAAUUUUGUUAAGAGUGUUUGAAUGUAAAUUGUGAUGAUGAACUUAUUUUGUUCUAAAUAGGGGCCAUCAAAAUUUGGCCAUUAAAUAGUAAAAACCUCAAGUGUAUCAAAUUUUAUGCAUUCACAAUGUAAUUCUGUAUCAUAGUCAUUUUAUUUGUAUCAAGGGAAAAUCAUAACUGUGACCAAAUUUUUUUCUUUUUAUUUUUCUUUUUCUUUUUUCUUUCUUUUUUUUUUUUUUUAAAAAAAAAGAGAAUAGGCAUGUGGCAGCCUGCUGAACAUGUGCAGUUCAAUGAAGGACUGCUCUCAUAACUGUGCGUGUUUCAUUAUUUAAUUUUUCUUAAAAGUGUCUUCCGUGCAAACAUCAUUUGCACUGCUUUGACAAUUAUGUGUUGUGCAUCUUCUGCAGCCACUGUGAUUAAACCCAUUAAGAAAAUAAAAACAUAAUUUUUCCAAAUUUGUUUUAUACUCUAGCUGACUACUGUAUGGAUUAACACCACAGAGGUACUGAUGUGAAAUGACUGCUAGCCUAUGAGAUGUGAUUAUUGUAAAUCUAUUGGUCUGUGCUACUGCAAAGAAUAUUAAUUUUUCUCUGUUUUGAUUGAUCCAAGUGGGAACUCCGUGAGUCAAAGGUGUUAUGCAAGCAAUUAAACAAUUGUACUAAAGAAAACUCAAAUACCUAGACUCAAGUUUGACAGCAUCACAUAAAAGAUAAAACUGAAUCUCAAACUUUUAGAAUUAGAGACAGAUUACUUUUUAAUUUAAACAACAGAAAGGAAAAUACACAAACAAUAGCAUUCUUAAUAAGGGGCGAGAAGAGAAGAUUACAUUCUUAGUUUAAUCUUUAAUUCAUGAGUAGCAGUGCUCUACUUCUAGAAGUAUAAGAUUCAGUCAUAAAAACGCAAACUGUAUAAGUUUUGGGUGGGUAAAGACAUUUGAUCUAUAUAUUUAUAGUAGUUGCCACUACAAACAUGGAAUUAAUAACAACACAUCUGUACCUUUGUGUUAGCAGUUUGUUUAAUAACAAUAGAUUCUCUAAAGUCCUGCCAUAAAUAAUAUGAAAUGUUAUUUGUAGUUGAUGGGCUGAUGACUGUAAAGUGUUUGAAACCUUUUUUGCAUCAAUUGUUGAGUGUGACUGUGCUGUAAACUAAUUGUAAGUAUGUGGAGUGAAAAUGAGUUGUCCAGUUUUAUGCAUCAGUAUAUUAUGUAAAAUCA